AUGCGUAUUGCUCAGCGUUUACUUAUGGCCACGCCGGCCUCGAUCGGCUCGAAGUCCAGCCUCAGCGAGGCUCUCGCUCUCCUCCCGCCGCUGCAGCUUUACCGACGCAUUCUACGCGUCCAUCGCAAACUCGAUCCCGAGAUGCGCGUCUUGGGCGAUUCUUAUGUGAAGAAUGAGUUCCGCGCGCAUCGGAGUGUGGAGAAUCCAUUGCAUAUUGUAUGUUUAUUCUCGUCUGGGUUGCUGUGGUCAUACCGAGUUGAAGAAGAGGGGAGACAUAGCGGAAGAGGAGGAGCUUGUUGA